AAGGAAUAAACAUUAAAAACAGAGUCCACAACUUACACAUAAAAACCCGUCUGUGUUCACAAUCUAUCUAUCUCUCACCUUUCUCUUUUUCUCUUUCUAAAGCAACCACAUUUCUCUUCCUUCUUCAUAUUCCUCACCUUCUGCAACAUUAAGCUUUCAAGAAAAGAAGAAGAAGAAGGAGAAGAAGAAGGAACCAUGAGCUCCUCAAUCAUGAAAACCCUUCAGAUUCGUAAACCCGCUUCCCUCCCCGUGUCUUCAAGCACCGCCGAAGCUAGUGAACCUGGUCUUCUCCGUCGUCGUCUUUCUUCGCUUUCCUUAAAUCUCUCUCGUAACCAGCCUUCCACUGACGAUUUACACAGAUCCAAGUCUGUCUCUGCCAUGGCAGAGCAAAGAGGUAGUAGCUCUGUGAAAGAAUGGUGGGAAUGGAGUUGGUCACUGAUUCUAUUGAAGAAACUACCAGUCUUCUUCACAGAUCUCGAGUUUAACGAGAACCAAACUAAGUCAUCGUUGGGGAAACAACAGAGAGGCGGCUUUGCUCAGGUGUUCUUCAGGCUCCGAUCUGAGAUCCGCCGUCUCCUCCGUACUUCAUCCUCCGACUCUCUCCCUCUCUCAUGCAAUCGAUGAUGUGGCAAUCUUGCUCGUUGAAGGUUUUGCACUUUGGCUGUGUGGUGGAUCUAUUCAUAUUCUUUAUAUUCAAGUUCAUGCUCAUCGAAUGUUUACUCAUAUUCUUUAUAAGCAAAAAUGUCCUUCAUAUGUUCUUACUUCAAAUGUGAUUGAUGAAGUUGUUUGCUGUAAUUCCUAGAUCUCAUCAUGUUAAAAACAUUCUUUUGUUGUGAAAUGUAUAAUUAUUUCAUUUGUUUUGUACUAAAA